GCGCGAUGCUACCGACCAGAACAGUGCUGGGAGCACUUUGUAUCGCACUGGCUACGAUAUCCUGCCAGUUCUCCAACAGCACAUUAUGGCUCCUUUCUUGCAACGCCAACUGUAUCGUACUCAGCGCCGCGCCACAUACCCAUAACGCUGCUCCGCAACCGAUGUCGAUACAAAAUGCAGCAUGCGAAUAAAAAAGCUCAG